CUCUUGCAACUAUUAAUGUAGUAGCAAUCGCUAGUCCUCAUUAUCGAAGAGAAGCAUCGCCAUUAAUGAAAAAGGGGCAAUCAUGUGGAUUAAUUUGUUUAUACGUUUUAUAUACUAUUGAAGAAUGCCUUGAAUAUUGUAAUUCAAUCUGUGUAGUUGACAGCACCGAAUAUGCUUCGUGUUGUUUUACAUCUACUGAUUAA